AUAACUACUAACAAAAUGAUUUUAUUAGCAAUAGUUGUAGUAUUACUUAUUACACUGUAUCUAUACAAUGUAAGAAAUUAUGAUUACUGGGAAAAAAGAGGUAUAAAAUACGUAAAACCAGUGAUAAUUUUCGGAUCUGUAGUAAAGACAUAUAUGCUACAGGAAAGUAUGACUACCGCAAUGUGCAAAAUAUACAAUAACUACCCCAAAGAGAAACUGGUAGGGGCAUUUAGAACAACAACUCCAGUUUUGAUAAUUAGAGAUCCUGCGAUAGUGAAAAAUGUUAUAAUCUCCGACUUCGUUUACUUUCAUGAACGUGGAAUCAUACCAGGUAAAUCACUAGAACCCAUGUUUAAAAAUUUGUUCUUCGGAGAAGGUGACUUGUGGCGCUUACUAAGACAACGACUAACACCCGCAUUUACCAGUGGUAAAUUACGAGCAAUGUUUCCCUUAAUUGUUGAACGCGCGGAACAUUUGCGAGCACGAGCUCUAAAAGCAGCAGUCAAUGGUAGUACAAUGGAUGCACGAGAUUUAAUGGCAAGAUAUACUACAGAUUUCAUCGGUGCUUGUGGAUUCGGCCUAGAAGCGGACUCUCUCAACGAUGAAGAUGCUGCAUUCCGACAGCUAGGUAUUAAAAUAUUUACAUUCGAUCUUCAAGAUGCUUUAGUUGUGCUAUUAAAAGAUAUGUUCCCAGUUAUGGCAAAGAACUUGAGAAUAAUGGGGAAAGUUGAAAGUGAAUUAAUAAUUCUGGUCAAGGAGAUUCUAAGAAAGAGAAACUACAAACCUUCUGGACGACAUGAUUUCAUCGAUUUGUUGUUAGAAUGCAAAAACCAAGGAACCGUUAUUGGUCAGUCAAUAGAAAAAUUUAACGACGAUGGAACUCCUAAAGAGGCUAAAUUAGAAUUCGAUGACGUAAUUAUAGCCGCCCAAGUAUUUGUAUUUUUCGCAGCUGGUUUUGAAACAUCUUCUUCUGCAACGAGUUUUACAUUACACCAACUUGCUCAUAAUCCAGAAGUACAAAAAAAAGUACACAAGGAGAUUGACACUGUACUAGCUAAAUACGACAACAAGCUCUGUUAUGAGGCUAUUAACGAACUGACUUAUUUAACAUGGACCUUUAAAGAAGCAAUGAGGAUUUUUCCUUCACUAGGAUUUUUAGCCAGAACUUGCAGAAAAAAAUAUACAUUUCCAAAUAGUGACUUGACCAUUGAUGAAGGAGUAAACAUCGUAAUACCCAUUCAAUCCUUUCAUAAUGAUCCUCAGUAUUGGGAUAAUCCUCAAGAAUUUCGACCUGAAAGAUUUCAUCCUGAUGAAUUUAAUGAAAUUCACAAAAGUGUUUAUCUUCCAUUUGGUGACGGCCCUCGCAAUUGUAUAGGUGCUCGUCUGGGAUUAAUGCAAUCUUUAGCUGGUUUGACUGCUAUUCUAUCUCAGUUCUCUGUAGAACCUGCACCAGAGACUAAGCGUUACCCUACUAUAGACCCCACCUCACAUGUGGUACAAAGUAUUUCAGGAGGUCUACCACUCUUGUUCAAUGUGAGAAAGGAUGUAAAAUUGUGUUGA